AUGCGUUUGAGAGUCAUUUUUCAGUACAGCACUGCCAUCUUGUGGUUGAAGCCAUGUAACUGAUUGUAUUGCAGGUCACUUCCUCACAAGUCCAUCUGCUCAGCUGAGUUUCAGGGGCAUCAUCGAGAGAACAACAACUCAACGCAAUAUCAACAAACACAUUCAUUAGUAUGUGGCUAUUCAUCUUAUAUUUAAUCUGCGUGGAAGUUUCAGUGGGUGGAGAGGUUAAUGACAUUGCAACAGUUAAAGUGUUGGAGGGAGGUGUUCUCAAUCUGCAUCCUGGACUUGAAGAUCUAAAGGGAGAUGUUCAGAUAAUGUGGACGUUUGAAAGUGGCAGAGAAAAUACUCGUGUCGCACAGAUGCAUCAAGGGAGAAUUUACACUCAUUAUGACAUGAGAUUCACAGGCAGAGUGCAGUUAGACCAAAGAACUGGAAUUUUAACCAUCAUGGACAUCAGGACUAAUGAAUCUGGACUGUAUGAAGCCUUAAUCGUCAUCAGUGCAGGCAUCACAGGACGGAGAUACAAAGUUCAUGUUUAUGCACCUGUCUCUGAACCAGCCAUCAGCAGCAGCUCAUCAGUUAGUGUUCACCAAUCUUCAGGUAAAUCCCAGGAAACAGAGGAGACCUGCUCUUUGGUUUGCUCUGUGAAAAAUGAUCGAGACGUGUCUAUCUCGUGGUAUAAAGGAGGUGUAAUGUUGAACCAGACCAGCAAUCCUGAUCUCAGCAUCAACCUCAGUUUAGCAUUAGAGCUUCAUUAUAAUGAUCCAGAGACCUACAGCUGUACAGCUGUGAAUCCAGUGAACAAUAAGACUGUCCAUCUUCACAUGAAGGAGAUCUGCCCACGACAGGAAGGUUGUCAGGAUCACUGUGGUGUCACUGAGGCUCUGGUUCGUCUGGUUCUGUCUGGUCUGGCGGGAAUCGCUACUGUUGGAUUUCUUAUCGAGCAUUUGAUCUUCUGCUCAGCUCAGAAAAGAACUGCUGCUUCUGUGUGCUGAUGAUACUUUUGUGGGAUUUGGUGUAAUUGCCCUUUACAUUUUCACUCUUAAAAAACAGAUUUCGGUUCUGUUGUAUUUUAUAACUGGGAAACAGUUUCUAUCUAACAAAGACAACAAAAAAGCUCUGAAAUGUGUACAGUAGUAUCAUACAGUCAAACAAAACAUUUCAGACACCUUUAACAUUUCUAACAUUAUCACAGUUUAUUUGCUAUAGUUUAGAAAAUGGUAAUAAAAUAUGACAACAACUCAACAACAAAGUCAGAACAAAUUCAUCUUGUUAACAAAAAAUGAAUUAGUCAAACCAAAAUUUAUUCAGACAGCGUCACAUUAUCACUGUUUAUUUUUUAUCACAAUUUUCAGAUAAAAUUGAUAGAAAGGUUUGUAAAAAAAACAUGCUCAGGUCAAAGUGUCAAAUCAAAUUUACAGGUAGUCCACUGUAUGAAGAAUAUUUGGGUAUAAUGUGUC